AUGACGGAUGCCAAUUCGAAGUGGCCCUGCCUGGCCCCCACAAACGCUCUUCAGGCUCCGCCUCGCCGCAACGACGGCCGCGUCAUUUUGCACUUUGACUAUGACUGCUUCUAUGCGCAGGUUGUGCAGAAUCGCGCGCCCAGCGGUGCUCUGAUCGGCCGGUGCGUCGGCGUCACGCAGAAAAGUAUUCUAGCAACAGCAAACUACGAAGCCCGACGGCGCGGCGUGAAGAAGCUCAUGCGCAUUGCCGAAGCUCGCCGCAUCUGCCCGGACAUUGUUCUCGUCGAUGGUGAGGAUUUGUCGCCGUUUCGCGACGUGUCUAAACAAUUGUACCGACUGGUGAGGGAUGCCGUUGGCCCCACGUCCCCCGUGGAGCGGCUAGGUCUGGAUGAAAUGUUUGUGGAUGCCACUGCUCUCGUGGAUGCGAACCUCGAACGUAUCCUGGCUCAUCCUGACAAAUUUCGUCCACGAAAUGACUUGUUUGUCAUGUCCGAUGGCGCCGACGGACCUCGAGGAUUCAUAUUUGAUACCGGCUCGUUUGCUGGCUGUAUCGUCGGAGACGAGGACAAAGAUCUGAAAACUCACGUCGCGCCGUCAAAGGAAGGUUAUGCGAAGAUGGACCUCCGUCCUAAUACACGCAUGCGGUUGCUUUUGGGCUCGCACCUUGCUGCGCAUUUGCGCCAUCGCCUCGAGCACGAUGCCGGCUACACAGCGUCAGCCGGCAUUGCCACCAGCAAGCUAUUAAGCAAACUCGCGGGGAAAGUAAACAAACCGGAAAACCAAACGACCCUAUUAAGUGCUGGAUGGACCGGUGAUGUGGAAGCCAGUGUCGAUACCAGUGCCAACACGGAUGUGGAGGCGAAUACCGUGGUAUGGCAGUUCAUGGAUCCACUUCCGCUGCGCAGCGUGCCUGGUAUUGGUUUCAAGACGAGCAGUCUACUCAGCAGCUAUUUCCUCUCUACCCGACAAGACGUACAUAAAGGAGAGACGGACCUAAAGGCCCAUCUAGGAGAAGACGGCGACGAACGACGGCGGGGAGGAGAAGACGCCACAGAUGAUGAUGACUCUCCUGUGGUAACCGUUAUGGAUAUCCGAACGUCCCCCGGCAUGUCCCCUCGCCUUCUCGAUUCCAUCUUGGGUAGCAACAGCAAAGAGCAUCGCCACAGCACUGCGAGCACACCAUUGGCCUCAACCGGUAACAUUCCUACGGGGUUGCGCGUAUGGCAACUUUUACAUGGCGUUGAUGAGGCUCCCGUCCGAGGCGGUCGCGAUUUGCCCAGUCAGAUCAGCAUCGAAGACACCUACACUGGUCCCCGCCAGGGGGCACUGCGGCCGGAUGCUGCCACAGCCGUUGCCAGUGAGCUUCACAAGCUGGCCACAUCACUGCUACGGCGCAUGUAUGUGGAUCUUCUCGAGCCCGCGCCGGCAGGUGAACCCUCACUCAUCCUGGUUGGUUCGGCCACGAACAUUACGCUUAACGCUACGACCCCAGGUGCCACAAUCGAGUGA